AUGCACCAGAUCUCCGACGCCUUGAUUGUUGAUAUCUUCCCUGAGAAGCCGGGCGCCGCCGUCGCGACAAAGAACAUCACGCGCUGUGCGCUCGGCGGCUUCUUUGUCGCUGUUCUGGAUCCCAUGCUCAAAGCAAUGGAGAAAAAGGCUGUCGGCGAGGUCCCAUCAGGCCAAGUACCUCAGAGGUUCGAGAUGUUGGUGAGUAUCAAGCGGCAACGCAACCCUUAUAAGCAAAGCACUCGGUGGCUAUACAAGGGUCUAGACCGCCAGAAAUGUCUGCGCACAAUUGCUCCCGCGGGCCUCGUGCCAUGCGACGAGCUAGUCACAAGUCAGGAGGAGACUAAGGUAUUGGGCACCUUUUGUUGGACUUCCAAAAAGACCAUUAGGGUCCCUGGUGGCGAGCCCGUCUUCCAGAACGUCCAACUCCCCGCUGUGCUGCCUCGAGCGCCAAACCUGAAGGCUGCCGGCAAGAUUAAAACCAUGCCUCCGCACAUAUUCGCCCCCUUGGCUCAGUCAAUCACCAGAAUGUCGCCAUCCUAUCACCUGCGUAAUACGGAUCUCGUCGUCUCACGCAAUAGUUUGCGCAAAUUAUUUGCUCUCUGCGCCGGUCGCAGCCAUGACAGCUUCCGGAUCGGUCUUGACCUGAUCAAGGACACGCUGGUCAUGACCAUGGAUGACAGGGUCCCAUGGCAUCCCGGCGUGACACGAUCCAAUGGCUUGGGACUCAGCUUCGAAAUUUCGUUUUCGAAGCCUCUUUCAGGCAGGGAAGGCGAUCAAGUCCAUCAUAGAACCCCUCGUCGAUUAACAAAGUCCAAGGUGCUGCCGUAA